UGUUCGUGUGGACCCUCCUGAUGGAGGGGUUGUUUUGUCCCUGUAGAACCGCCGCUGGAGCUGGAUAAUCGCUUUGUUUGGAAAGCCGAAGCCUGGAAAACAAACUGAGGAUGAAGAAUCAUUUUUAAGAGGAAGAAAAGCGAUGGAGCUGCAGACCUCACCGUCAGAGCAGCGAAAAUACAAAGAAGCAAAACUAAUCCUGGAAAGGACGCCUCAGGGAAGCACCAGGGUAGAUCUCGGGCUCGCUUUCUCCAGGUGGGCUGCACUGAAGAGGGACAGAUGCUUCCGGACUGACGCUGAACUGGCCGCCUUUCUGCUGGACUGUUACGAGAGCAGAGUCACAACAUCAAGUUCCAUGAAUGGAAAACCUCCAUCAGUCUCUCAGUGUGAUGAUUCUAGAGGGACAGAAAGGCAGCUGUAUUCAAAAGUACAAAGCGGAGUGUCCGAAAUAGAAAAUCUUCGCCCUGAUGAGCCCAGAGAUGACAUUUUUAUGUCUCCCACACUGGUCAAAUCAGAAGAAUCAGCACAGAUACACACCAGGAAAAGUCUGGUUUUCCCUUCAGAGGACGAGCAGGUCGAGCAGGACCAGAAGGACUCAGUCCUGCUCCACAUUAAGGAGGAACAGGAGGAACUCUCGACCAGUCAGGAUGGAGAGCAGCUUAAUGGUCUACAGGAGGCUGAUAACGCCACACUUCCAUUCUCUCAUGUUGUUGUGAAGAGUGAAGAUGAUGAAGAGAAACCUCCGUGCACACAGCUUCUUCAUAGCCAAACCGAAGACAACGCAGAGGUAGAGAGGUGUCAAAUUAGCUGCUCAACAAAAAUAAAAACAGAAACUGACAGAGAGGACAGUGAAGGAGCAGAGCCAGCUGGAAACCCGGAGUCAAAUAACCUGUUGCAGCAAAACACUGAUGCAAAGACUUUUACCUCUGGUGAAACUGAAGUCAGUAUUGGUGCUGAUGAUGAGGAUGAUGACACAGAUGAUUGGCAGGAGCCUUUGUCGGAUUCUGGAUCUGAAACUGAAGAAAGUGACAGUGACUGUAAGAAGGGCAGGGCAAAAGCCUUCAUCUGCUCUGAGUGUGGUAAACGGUUUCAGUACAAGUGGUCUCUUCAGAGACACGUGACACGCCAUUCAGGAAAAGCCUCUUUGGGCAGCUUCACCAAUAAGAAAUGUUUUCCAGUGAAGCAAACUGCAGAUUUACAGAUCAAAGUCCACACAGGAGAGAAACCAUUUGGCUGCAGUCUUUGUGAACAAAGGUUUAGAGAUCAGUAUAAUCUUAAAAGGCACAUGAGAAUCCACACAGGAGAGAAACCGUUUGGCUGUGGCAUUUGUGGUAAAAGGUUUAAUGGCGAGGGAAAUCUGAAAAUACACAAAAGAGUUCACACGGGAGAAAAACCAUUUGGAUGUGGUGUUUGUGGUAGAAAAUUUAAGCAGAAGUCACAUUUUAAGAAACACAUCAUGGUUCACACUGAAGAAAGACCUUUUAGUUGUGAUGUGUGUGGGAAAGGAUUUAAAUGGAGGAUCCACAUGAAGACUCACAGGAGAAUCCACACAGAUGAGAAACUGUUUGGUUGUGACGUUUGUGGUCGAAGAUAUAACUGUGAAAGAAAUCUUAAGAUACACAUGAGAGGCCACUCAGACGAAAGACCGUUCGGUUGUGACAUUUGUGGUAGGAGGUUUAACUGCAACAGAAAUCUUAAGAUACACAAGAAGGUCCACACGGGGGAGAGACCAUUCGCCUGCGGUGUUUGUGGUAAGAGGUUUUCACAGGUAGGGGCUCGGAACAGGCACAGGAGCGUCCACACUGAAGAGAAACCAUUUGCUUGUGAUUUGUGUGGACAGAAAUUUUUCAGACAUUUGUACCUGAAAACUGUCAGUGGAAUAGAGAUGCCUCAAAGAAAGAGCCAUCAACUGGGUGACCUCCGAGGGCUGCUGUCCCCGAUAUCUGCGCCAACCACAUCAGACACGGCACCAACACAAGUUAGGACAGGUCUCGAUGUCCAGCAGAUGUUGUUACUUAAAGAAGAGAGCUCAAGUCAUGAUCAGCAGGAUUUGGUCCUCCUCCACAUAAAGGAGGAAGAGGAAGAACUCUUGACCAGCCAGGAGGGAGAGCAGCUUCGUGGUCUACAGAAAGCUGAUAUCACCAGUUUCCCCAUCACUGCUGUUUGUGUAAAGAAUGAAGAUGAUGAAGAGAAACCUCACCUCCUACAUUUUCAUCAAACACCAGCUGAAGAAAACAGAGAAGCCGAGCCUUCAACCAGCAGCUCAGUCAAACAGAUUAAAGCAGAAGGUGAUGGAAAGGACUACAAAGAGCCAGAACCAGCCACAAACCCGAAUCCAAAUAAUAAUUUACAACCCAAUAUUAGUGUAAAACGUUCAGACUUGUAUGAAGCUGAUGAUUGGCAGAAACCCCUGACAGAACCUGAACCUGAAAGUGAAGAUAGUGAAGAGUCAGGUACAAAUAGUGAUGCCAAAAAGCCCUUUAUCUGUUUUGAGUGUGGUAAGCAGUUUCUCCAUGACUGGUCACUUCAGAGACACAUCAGACUGAAGUCAGGGAAAAGAGCUUCAAACUGCGAUGUCGGUGACAAAAGCUCUGGAGUGAACCAAAAUGCAGAUUCACAGGGGACAGUUCAAACAAAAGAGAAACCAUUUGGCUGUGAUGUUUGUGGACAAAGGUUUCAGCUGAAUGUGAAUCUUAAGGUGCACAUGAAAGUCCACACUGGAGAGAAACCAUUUAGUUGCAAUAUCUGUGAAAGAAAAUUUAGACAUCAGUGUAACCUUAAGGCACAUGUGAGAAUUCACACCGGAGAGAAACCAUUUGGCUGUCGCCUGUGUGAUAAAAAGUUUACACAGAGUGUACAUUUAAAGACGCACAUGAGAAGCCACACGGGAGAGAAGCUAUUUUUUUGUGACGUCUGUAGUAAAAGCUUUUCACGACUGAGGAUUCUGAAAUCGCACAAGAGAGUCCACACAGGAGAGAAACCAUUCGACUGUGAUGUUUGUCAUAAAAGAUUUUCACAACUAGGUGAUCUAAAGAGACACAAACGCGUCCACACGGGAGAGAAACCGUUCAGCUGUAGUGUUUGUGGUAAAAGAUUUGCACAGAGGAUGCAUUUCAAGACACACAUGAGAAUCCACACAGGAGAGAGACCUUUCGGUUGUGAUGUUUGUGGCAAGAGCUUUAACUGUAAGAGAAAUCUGAAGACACACAUCAGAGUCCACACGGGAGAAAAGCCAUUUGGUUGUAAUGUUUGUAAUAAAAGAUUUUCACAGCCAGGAAUUUUAAAGAGACACAUGAACAUCCACACAGAAGUUAGGAAAUUUGUACCCGGUAAAUCAAGAGGAGUCUAUUUGAGGUUGCUCAAAUCUAAACCAGCCACAUCAGAAAUGGAGCAGCUAGCCAUCAGAAACAGACAAGCUAUCCAGGUUGAUGAAGGUGUUUCCUCAAACCCCAGUCUGGAGCAGAAGGACCCAGACCUCCUUCACAUGAAGGAGAAACAAGCGAAACUCAUCACCAGUCAAGAAGGAGAGCAGCUUAAUGGUUUGAAGGAGGCCAGCCUCUCACAGCUUCAUCAAAGACUGACCAAGGACCACUGCGAGGCAGAUGUUCCAUUCUUUAGCUGCUCUGCGUGUGAUAAACAAUACCUCUACAAGCGAUCUCUUCAGAGGCACAAGAAAAGUCAUUCAGCAGAAAACUCUGCCAGCUGUUUGGUUAAUAAGAAAGCUUCCAGACUGGAGGAAAAUGUAGUUGACACAAGCAAGAAAAUAUUUGGAUGUGAUAUUUGCGAACAGAGAUUUCAUCAAAAAUCCCAUCUUAAGACUCACAUGAGAAUUCACACAGGAGAGAAACCCUUUAGUUGUAAUAUUUGUGGAAACAUAUUUAGACAUCAGUACAGUCUCGACAGACACAUAAGAGUCCACACAGGAGAGAAACCCUUUGCUUGUGAUGUUUGCAGUAAAGGUUUUUCACAUCUGUGGGAUCUGAAAAGACACAAAAGUGUUCACACAAAGAGCCUUCCACCCGAGGAACCGAAAGAUCUUGAUAAGGUGGCCCCUAUUUCACCAUCAGCUAUAUCAGAAUUAGUGCAGACACAAGUCAAGAAGGAUGUAGAUGUCCAGCAUAUGUUGCCAGUUAAAGAAGGGCUUCCUUGGACUCCAGGUUUGGACCAGCAGGACCCAGACCCACUCCACAUAAAGGAGGAAGAGAGUGGGUGA